AUGGAAAGCCACAAGGGUGCAAAUGUCGGAGAAUCCAGGAGCAGCUCUUCCACCGACCAGUCCCCGGCGGUCAGCCGUCAUGGCACUCCAGACGGACUUGACCCAGAGAUGGAGGGCCUGACCCUCUACGAGAAAAAGGCUCUACUGGUCAAUCGGGAGCUGGCAGCCCAAGGUAUGGGACGAUACCAGCAAAUGGUCUUUGUGCUCUGUGGGUUCGGGUACUUUCUAGACCUGUUGUGGGCCCAAGCCUUUGGCCUCAUCCUUCCCUCGAUAAAGCAAGAGUUUGGCUUCAGCGCCGUGGAUUCGGGCAACCUGAGCACGGCAUUCAACGCAGGCCUGACCGCCGGCGCCCUCUUCUGGGGCGUCGUGACCGACAUAAUCGGGCGGUACUGGGCCUUCAACUUUACCGUUCUUAUAGCCAGCAUCUUUGGCAUCUGCCUCGGCGCUCCAGAUUCCUACAACGGCGUGCUCGUUCUAGCAGCCUUUGUCGGCAUCGGCGUCGGCGGCAACGUCCCCAUCGACACCACAAUAUGCCUCGAGCUGCUGCCGCGCGGCAAGCGCUGGCUCCUCCCGACCCUUUCCGUCUUUCAGCCGCUCGGCGUCAUCGUCUGCUCCGCCAUCGCCUACGGCUUCAUCCCAAACUACUCGUGCGCCCCGGACCUCGAGUCGUGCAACAACGUGCCCGGCGGACAGCCCUGCUGCAGCAAGCAGGACAACUGGGGGUGGCGGUAUACCAUGUUUACCAUCGGAUCCAUCACCAUCGCGGCCUUCAUCGGGCGCUUCUUCCUCUUCAAGUUCAAGGAGUCGCCCAAGUUCCUGCUCUUUAGGGGGAGGGACGCCGACGCCGUCGAGGUGCUGCAGUAUAUUGCAAAGUUCAACAAGGUCCCCUGCAACCUCUCGAUGGAGAGUUUUGCGAAUCUCGGCGAGGAUGAUGAUGAUGAUGGCCCGACCUCUACUGGUGUGGGCGGGCGGGAAGGUCGCAUCGUUUUGGGUUCGGGGGAGAGGCAGAAGAACCUUUCCUUGUUCCAAAAGUUCAAGUUUGAAAUGUCGCGACUAAAGGUGCUUUUUAGCAGUCCUAUCAUGGCAUGGUUGACGAUUUGCGUAUUCCUUGUCUACUGCUUCGACUACUUCGCAUUCUCCAUCUCUGGCGCCUUCCUACCUACAAUCCUCCGAAACCGCGGCACCGAACUCGGCCUCGGCCUCCGAUGGACAUACCUAUCCUACAUCUACAUCAAGCUCUUUGGCAUUCCCGGAGUUCUGGCCGGCACGACCAUCUACAAGUGGCGGAGGCUGUCGAUGGUGGUGUCUUCAGCGCUCUUUGGCGCCAUGCUCUUCGCUUUCACGGCCGUCAACGACGCAAACAGCUACAUUGGCAUCAGCGGGCUAGUCUACUGCUUCCAGAGCAUGUUCAACGCUAUCCUGUACGGCAUGACGCCAGAGUUCUUCCCGGCUCCCGUGAGGGGGACGGCGUGCGGCGCGGCGUCGUUUUUCGGCCGCCUCUUCGGUAUCAUUGCGCCGCUGGCUGGAGCGAGGGUGAUUGCGGUCAGUCAGAAUGGGGUUUUGUACCUGGCAGGGAGCAGUGCCUUUGUCAGUACGAUAUUUAUCUGUAUGAUUCCCGGGAGAUUUAUCGGUGGGCAGAGCUACUGA